CGCCGCGAAUGCACAAUCUUCGAGCCGGGCGGCGUAGCGAGCACGAGCCGCAACGAGCGAGGAGUAACGAACUCCUCGAAGCGGUCGGAUUAAGUGUCGGCGGGGCUGCGAGUGAGUGGAAGGUGAAGAAGAGAGUAGUGGACACAAGGGGGCGCGUAGAACCCGACGGGGUGACGAUACCGGUAGCCGGUUGCGAGCGGAGCGGGGAUACGAAGAAGAAGAAGAAGAAGACGACGACCGGCGGAAUGCUCGACUUCGAACAACAGACCAAUCAGGCACCGGCACUGGCCUCGCUAGAUGACGACUGGCACCUGCUCGAGGACACUAAAAUGAGAUUGGAGGAAGACUUAGUGAUCCGUAGAAGUCGACCCACAAUGAUUUCUGCCAAGUACCGUGCUCGCGAAGAACGUCGCCGUCUACUGAAGAUCUCAGCCGGCAAGCUAAGGAAAAUCGAGGAUCCUGAGACGAGUCUGUGCCGAUCGGUUCUUAUAAACAACGCGGUGCGACGAUUGCAGCGCGAAAAUGAAAGGAGAAAUUACAACGCGCUCCCGGUUGUCGCGGCAUACAUGGACGAUACCGAGGACACAUCCUCGAGGAAAAGAUUGGCUGAUGACACAAGGAACGACGAGCCGAGUCAGAAAAGGCAGAGGCACGACGACCUGGACGACAUGUUCAGCGAUUUCUACAUCCUACCGCCGACCCCACGCUUGCUCUCGCACAUAGACGAGAUGCAUUCGGAACCGACAGCCUCGCAUCAUGGUACUCUUCACCUGAGCUUCCCGGAGGAUCGUUUGAGUGACGUGCGAUCGGACAGCGCCGUGAGCGCGAACACCACCUCCAACACCGGGACAAGCAACGGCGUCAAUGACACAAGUUGCCACUCCGUGCUAUUUCCUGGGGAUCUGGAUGACGCAAAUCUUUCACGACCGGUCACCGACAUGAUGGAGGUCGAUCCUGAUCGGCUCUGCGACUUCACCAGAUUUGCCGAUUCGAGGACGCUGGAGGAACGAUUGGUGGAACUACAGUCAUUGGACGAGCAUUUCGACCUUACAAAAUUCGAGCGCAACAACAACCAAAGCUGCGGUCGUGCUAUCCACGAUAUACAGACCUUCCACAGUCUGGUACCCGGUCUGGAGACUUAGAUGAUGAUGCCGUGUACCGAGCGAUCCACGGUGGUGUCACAAGAUGCCUACGGCGACGAGGCAACGUAGACGACGACUCCGCGGAAAACGGAAUCGUUCGGCGACGAGUUACAGAAAAUUCUUGAUUUGCUAACUAAUCUGCUAUAAUAACCGCAGCACGGUC